AUGCUCACCACCCUCCGCCACACCCGCCCUCUGCUGCUCAAGUCUCCGCUCCUCACCCAGCGCGCCGCGCUGGUGUCAGUCCGGACAGUCCACCACAAUGCUGCCUUUUCGACAAAGUCGCCUUCGCGCACAGCGAGCCUGGCCAUGAAGCCCGGCGCAUCCGUGCGGGAAUCAGUUCAACAGCUGUCCGCCGUCGCCGUCUCGCCCACUUCGGCCGCACCAGCAUCGCCCUCGCGGACCCUCGAUGAUGCCCAAAAUGCCAUCGCGAAGCUCCCGACCGCCUCGCUCCUCCGCAACUUGUUGAUUCAGAACAUCUCCGCAUAUCCCGUCAUCCUCUCCUUUUUCCUCACCAUCCUCAAACGCCACUCCGACUUCUUUGUCAAGGCCCCCAUCUUCCGCCAUGUCAUCCAAUACUUUUUCUACGCCCACUACUGUGCCGGUGCUACCGGCCCUGAGAUCUCGCGCACUGUUCAGAGCCUGAGGCAAAUCGGCAUUAAGGGCGUCAUCUUGAACUACGCCAAGGAGGUUGACACACCCGGUGUUGCCGGCGAGGGCCAGGAGAAGGCUGCCGAGGUACAGCAACUCCACGAGCAACAAGUGGACCAGUGGCUCGAUGGCACCCUGAAGACCAUCGAAUACGCGCCCGCUGGUGACUACGUUGCCAUCAAGUUCUCCGGUGCUGGCUCCAAGGUCGUCGAGAUGCUCGAGCACAACCAGGAGAAGCCCGACGAGCUCUUCGGCUCCGCGCUCGCCAAGGUCUGCGAUUUGGCGCGCGACAAGGGCGUCAAGAUCCUCGUCGACGCCGAGCACCAGUGCCAGCAGGCCGCCAUCGACCGCUGGACCAUGGACCUGAUGCAGCGCUACAACGGCGGCGACAACAUGGUCAUCUACAACACCUACCAGAUGUACCUCAAGGCCUCGACCGCCGUCCUCGACGGUCACCUCACCCGCGCCGCCUCCGAAGGCUUCAACUUCGGCGCCAAGCUCGUGCGCGGCGCGUACCUAGGCAGCGACCCGCGCCACCUCAUCCACGACACCAAGGCUGCAACCGAUGCUGCCUACGACGCCGCAACCGAGAAGCUGGCAACGUACCACUUGGCGCAGCCGCGCCCCACCAUCAAGGUCGGCAUCGUCUUGGGCUCGCACAACGCCGUCUCGCUGCGCAAGAUCCGCGCCAUCCGCCACCAGCAGGCCCUUGCCGGCCAGCCUGUGGCCGACGUCGUCUACAGCCAGCUCAUGGGCAUGGCUGAUGAGCUUUCCCUCUCGCUGACCACGGCCGACAAGGAGAACGGUCUCAAGGAGGGCGACUGCGACGUCUACAAGUACGUCACCUGGGGUACCAUGCAGGAGUGCAUCCUGUACCUGGUGCGCCGCGCCGAAGAGAACCGUGACGCCGUCGCUAGCGCUAGGGAUUCGAGGGGUAUCUUCUGGAAUGAGCUGAAGAGGCGUAUGGGCCUUGCCGGCUGA